UCUUCGUCUGCCUUCCCUCGCGGUUUGGGCUUUUCCCUACAACUCCGACAUGAUAUACUCUUCCGGGAGAGAGUCCUACUUCAACCUGAACUCCACCUGGUACGGCCCCUCGGGCUCCUGGCUGGACACCCGCCGCACGCCCUUCCGCUACGGCUACGGCUCCUGCUCGGGGUGCGACCGCGAAGGCGUCGAGGGCAUGAGCGGGCACGACUACCGGCACUACGGCUACCGGCAGCCCGUCUGCUCGGAGCGGCGCCACGGCUACGCCACGGCCAACUCGUGCCACGGCGGCGGCGGGUCCAGCUGCGUCCGGAGGCCCACGUACAGCUACGGCCCCUCGGGGGGGUGCAACAGCUACGGGAGGUCGGUCUGCGCCGAGAGGGGCUGCGGCUCGUCCGGCGGGGGCUGCCGCGAGGGCGGCUGGGCCGCACGUGCCGAGCCGUCGUCCUCGUGCCACGGCUCGGGGUACCGGGGGGGGAAGCCGCGCUACGGCAAACCGGCGCAGCGCGCCCAGCAGUGCUGCCCGGGGCAAGUGCCGGCCCCGCCGGUGCAGCAGGGCCGCGUGCCCGCCGCAAAGCGCUGCCCGAGCCAGCAGCAGAAGCAGGUCUGCAGAGCGCCAGCCCAGAAGCUGAAGUAACGGGCACGAGGAGCUGGGUGAAUGGGAGAAGCUCCCCCUUCCCCCGGCCUUGCCGUGGUGUUCGGCACGUCCCUGGCACCCGCGGACCCCCCCUCGCUGCCCCCGGCCUGCAGCACGCUCUGAAGACGCAACGCGCUGUCUCAGCGCCAGUGCCAAGUGCUGCUCCUCACCUGCUCGGGUAACGCAACGCUGAAGUGCUCCACGCUACGAUAAAUUCACCUCCCAUAUUUCUGUUUCGGGGCGGAUGUGGAGGCAAUAAAAAGUUUAUGUUACAGUG